UCCACGUAUGGACAGUAGGAAUGAUUACAGCAAGCAGGAACUCUUGAUGUACGCACAGAAAUGUGAAAGUGUUUUCACUGCAGUGUGGGUUGGAGUUCAGACCACAAACGGGUUACUGAACAGGUUUACCGGUUUCUGGCCCAGGGGCCCAAAGAGUAAGGGAGGGGGGGGCCCUCUGUUUAACCUGACUGUUAACAUUAUUGGAGUCAAACAAAUAACAAAGACGCAAAAUUACUACAGAGACUGUCAGUCUGCCAGUCUUGCUCCUAUGUAGGAAGGGGGGGCUUUUACAUGUCUGUGCACGUUGUUUAAUAAUCCGGCCGUGGGACAGACAUGGUUUGGUUAUAAUUAGGUGCAAAAAUAAAACAAACGUAAAGCAAAAAUGCCUCAAAUUCUCCUCCAAAUAUUUGUGGAUUUUCGUAGUCUUCUAUGAUAGUAAAAUCUGGGGGGACCAAAAGGGCAAUUUGAACACGUCAGCUUGGGCUGUAGAGAACUGAUGGACAUUUUAGAGAGCAACAGACUCAAAGAUAAUGAAAAACAUCGUUAGUUAAUUCUAACUGCAAGUCAAUCAAAUGCUCUAAAUGCAUGUGUGUCACACUGGAGUCGAGAGCUUCAGCUAAAAGAGCUACGUCUUGGGUGAGUGAAUGUGCGCAUGCGUAUUGUUUUCAUACCGGGACAUUUUCACAGAAUGUAAAAGGACACUUUGCACAUGCGCAGUCUGGUUUGUCUCUAGGCGUUUGUGCCCCCGCAUCACUUCCUGGUUUGUCUCUAGACUGUUUACAUCAGGUGGGAAUCUACAGUCAAAUCAACUGAGCAGGCGCGUGCGUUUCUGUUUUUGUCACCUGUCACGACCCAGUAAUCUGGAUUGUCCUGUUUCAGCACACCCGCGCGGUGGUUUAAAAACAUGUCCCCGGCCGCUGCCUUUCACGCGCAGCUCGCCUCUAUCAUGGAGGUGCUGGCAAACACGGCGGUGGCGGAGAUCUGCGAGCUCGUGGACAGCGGAUACUCGGUGCUGCAGCUGGAGAUCUCGCGGAGCCGCAAAGAGAACGAGGUGCUGCGGAGAAAACUGCGGCUCAUGGAGCUCCGAGCCGCCCGCGCGACCGCCCUGCGAGCCGCCGCCGCCGCCAGUGGCGCCACCGCGCUGCUGCUCGCAAACGGCCGCGCUCGAGCUCAUCUGCCUGCUCAUCACCCUGGCAACGAGCCGAGGAAGAACGGAACACCCGGAGGUGAGGCGGCGCCGUCCAGAGUGUCCAACCAGGAGACUCUGCGGCGUGGAGACACCGAUCCGUCCUCAGACUCUGGACAAGACGCCACACAGGGGACGCCUGCUGCAGGUGAGUCGGCCGAUCUGACUACCGCAGAGAUCAAAGUGGAGGACGUCGAUGAGUCCUGGUCCCAGUCUGAGCCGGACAAAGGUUUUUGUCGUGCUGUUGACGGACAGAUGACGGAGACAGAAGCUCCGCCCCCGCUGACCAAACAGGAAGUAGCGGAGGGAGGUGGCGGUUCGACUCGGUCAUGGGUGAGCGGGGAAGUCAGCUCCACCUCCAUGUCCGUCCAAAAAACCCUGAACACCAGCCGGAGGUCAGAAACCAGCAGCUAUGACUGUCUGAUGUACGAGCCAGAGCUCCAACAUGGCUCCUGCAGUACCCAGAAUCCUUUGGGUGAGGAUCCCGGCUGCUCGUACGUGUUGAACACCGGUGUGAGCGUUUCAGCUGCGACCGAUUCAGGCGGCGCAGCAGCAGCUUCCCUUUCGCCGUCAGUGAGGCGAGUCUGUCUGUAGCAGAGCGCCAGCGGAGGGCGCCGUUACCCGCGGACGAGCCGCAGCUUCCUGUGAGGAAAGAGAUGACAGAAAGACAAAAUGCUUUCAUCAGAAGGGACAGGUGGCGACCUCAGGAUGGCGUCAGCAGGGCCUCCAGUCACUGCAGGGAGGACGGCGGGGGGAAGGCGUUCGUCUGUAACUGCUGCGGUAAAACUCUGGCCUGCCUGAAGAACCUGAAGACCCACAUGAGGGUCCACACGGGCGAGAAGCCGUUCGUCUGCGCGCUCUGCGGCAAACGCUUCUCCGACUCCAGCAACCUGAAGCGCCACCAGAGCGUCCACACGGGAGAGAAGCGCUACGGCUGCGUCCACUGCGGGAAACGCUUCGCCCAGUCAGGAUCCCUGAAGGUCCACAUGACCGUCCACACGGACUGCAAGCAGUUCAGGUGUUCGUACUGCGGCAAAACCUUCAUCUCCGGCAGCCACCUGCGCCGCCACGUCACCGUGCACGGCGGAGAGAAACGAUUCGCUCCGACGUUUCAGUGACGGAGGUGGGACUAUGGUGUCAACAGAAGGUCAGAGGUCAAAUCCUGCAGGAGCCACACGUGCCAACAGUGAAUGGACUUCCAACAGGUGGACAAAAUAACAAACACCUCAAAUUACAACACGAGGGCCCGGCAGCGAACAGCUCGUGGCUUAUAAGAUGAAACUGGCACGGCGUGUUUUAGUUUUCCCCUGAAAAAGGUGACGUCGUGUCGUGGUCGUCGUGUCGUGGUCGUCGUGUCGUGGUCGUCAUGGGGAUUUUAGUUACGACUGUCGACUGACAAAUCUUCUUUCAGUGCGAGGCCUCUGUUAGAAAUAAAAAUCACCAAAAAGAGAUCAACACAAAGCAGGCAACGGCCCCCAAGACCAUCAGGGGCCCCAGAAGUCCCCGUUUCACUGCAUGUCGGUUGGUUUUGGUGAUUUGUAAGGAAAUUUACACGACUAUCAGAAUCAGAAAUACUUUAUUGAUCCCAGAGGGGAAACUCUUUUGUUACAGCUGCUCGCUGUCACGUCAGCGCACACAGGAAGAGAAGCACUAAGCAAGAAAUAUAAUCCACUAUAAUACAGGUAACCGAAUAAAUUAAGUACCAAGUGGGUUUACAGGUUGAUGAUAGAAGUACAGUAUAAGGUAAGAGUGCAAUGAGUAAUGUCAAUAACAAUUCGUACUAAAGUACAAUAUCAGCUGAAGUGUUAUAGAGGUGCCUUGUGUCAAAAUCUAGUUUUAAGAGCUUUAUUAUUUUAGUUUAUUUAGCGCGUUCACAUGGUGCAUAUUCCUAAAUGAAGUCGCCACAAAUGGACAACCUGGGGCCAGGUGUUACGUCACGCGACGUCUGCUGUGUGCUUAAUUGGACUUAAUGGGAACCCGGAGGCGACAGGAUACGUUGACAAUAUAUGGCUUUUCGUUAUUGAUUUUCUGAUGUGUCGAUUAUGUUUUCAACUCUGAAAUGGUCGAGCGGAUCACAAGUCCUGAGAGACCAAGGGGACGUCCUCAGGUGGUCUCGUUUUGUCCUCCAACAGUCUAAAACUCAAGGAUAUUGAAUUUAUUAUCACAUAUGGACAAGGACAAUUAGUAAAUCCUCAGAACUGAGAAACUGGAACCAUCAAAAAUUUGGCAUUUUUCUUGAUUAACAGACAUUAUCAGAAUGGUUUCCGAUUAAGUGGUGGCGUUAAUGGGGCCCCAACAACAAAUUUGGGCCCUGAGGCCCCUGAACAGGUGAUCAGCCACGAAGACAUGACGUGGCUCUUACAGUUUCAUCCCCCUCUGAGUGUUUAGGGGAAACAAACACAACAAACCAGCGGCAUUUAGUUUUCGUUGAGGCGUCGACUCGGCUCUGUUGUCCUGCACAGUGUCCUUCAGUCACUUCCUCUUUGCUAAUGCAGGUUUCCAUAUGAAGCCAAGGUUUGAGACUUGUUCUCUGCCACGUUACAUCAUUCUGGCUUUUGUGACUCUGCAGGUCGACUUCUAAAAUCAUCAGACAUCAGUUCGAGUUUGAUAUUUCAGUUUGAGAUUCAAAUUUCACUCCGGUUGUGUCCCCGAGCGAUUUCGGACUUGCUGUCUGCUGAAAACAAGUUGAUCUGAUUCUCAAUCUAAAAUGUUGAAAUCUAAAUCAGUUGAAGGAUUACGUGCUGCUUCGUGUGUUGAGAAAUAUUUACUCACCUCCUCGGCGGGAGUCCAGGUGCAGCCUGCAGGUUUUCAUUCGAACUGAUCAGCUCAGCAGGUGAUUUCGCCGAUGACUUCCUGCCUGCUACAUCAGUGGGAGGAGUCUUAGAGGUCGGUGUGAAAACCUGCAGGCUGUUGGCCUUUGGACCAUCUCAGAAAUACUUGAAAAUGUCUUGGAAAGUUGACAUUGGACGUCAGACAGUGACACUACAGUACAAAUCUGCAUUUACACCACUUUGUCAUUAAAAAAUUAAAAAAAAUAAACCUUUAGUAGCAUAAAAAUGCUGCAGCUGACAUCCAAAAUGUUUGACAUUUUCAAUCCUCACACUGUUUUGGUUUUCUUUCAGCUCUUAUUUUUUGCCGACCCCAUCGUGUUUGAAAAGGAGUCUGCAUGUGACAGUUGCAGCUCUUUGUCCAGUAUUUCUCUUUAUCGGUUGUUUAAGUUUCGUGGGGAGGAAACGGAACAACUGUGGUGUUUACAUUUUGUGAUACAGACUUUUUAUGAUCAUCAUGUCAUUUUGUAAUAAAAGCAAUCUGUUUAGUAUUUUUCAUUCACCAUUUUCCCCCCAAAAAAACUACUGCAUACACUACAUGUAUCCAAAGACUGUCAGCCAAUUAAACAGUUUGACUAUUUCACA